UCCAAGUGGAGCCGCCGGAGAUCAAGGCCAUGGACAAGCUCAUGACCUUCGAGCAAGGCUCGCUGCCAAGCRUCGACUGGAUUGCCGAGUACCAACGCUUGACAUCCGUCCCAGGUCUCCCAAUGGGCUUCAAAGCCAUCGAGCACUACUUCAUUUUGAGGUCGUGCCCGGCGUUGAGCAACGCCUUGACGCAUGUCGAGGAAACACUGACAACGACGGCGCAACUAUUCGACAAGGCCGCACAGAUUAUCAUCACGAACAAGGAGGCGAAGAACCUCACUCGUGCUGCGGCAGGCCCGAGCAAGGACCAGCAUCGGCCCAAGGUGGCCGUGGUUGCGGCGGCAUCGCCAAGCAGCCAAUCUGGCGAGGCGGAGUCUGCCAAUGAAGGAGACAGACUCGCAGCUGCCCGGGAUGGUGGCCGCCCCGGCCGAGGCCGAGGACGCGGCAAAUCGAAGACAAACACCACAUCAAACCCCGGGCCCGGCGCAACAGCUCAGGGGCCCUGGACCCCCUACGGUCUUUCGGAGCAAGCUUACAAGCAACGCACGAAUGGGCUGCCCUGCCAAGGGGAAGGGCAAGCAGGGAAACUGAGCGCCGCCGAGAGCGAGUCGACGACACUCUCGACGCCUUCGGAACUGGUUUCUUCGCGAGUGACCGGCCUUCAUUCCGGGGCGCAUGCGGAAGUCGACAGUCCUCUUCUCUAUUCUUUUGAGGACUAUGCUGCCCGGCUCGCUCCGACGCUGGGAUCUUUUGCUCAAGGACAAGACGUGUGUGCGGCAUCUUCUCCGUCCGGCAACGGUUCUUCUUCGUCUUCAAGUGGUUCUUCACGCGAUUCGGCGCGCGGGUUCAACAUAGAGAAAUUGGACCCGCUCAAGUCUGGGGAUUUCGCAUGGCUUCCUCUCCCGACCACGGGCCGCUUACUGGGACCGCAAUGCGCAGCACUCUGUGCCCAUCUUCACAAGUACUUGUCCUUCUAUGCACCACCAACUUCGCCGACGGAUGACGAGGUCGCGGUGGGGGACAUCUUGGCAUAUGUUACCAAGGUGGCCCGCGAGUUUCGCACGCAGCGGUACGACGACAAUAAUGCACCGCUGAUGUAUGUCCGCAUCCAAGUUGGGCAGGCAUCCUGCAGCGCUUUGCUGGAUAGCGGCGCGACUCGCAACUUCAUGAGCCAAGCUUUUAUGCAAAGGGCUGGCCUCAGCGCGCAGGUUUGGAGGAAGGCAAACCCGACGGCGAUCAAGUUGGCACAUGGAAAGACGCAGCAACUUCUCGACCGUUACAUCGAGGCCGUACCGAUGUACUUCGCACCUCAUGCAUGCGAACCGGUCACGUUCGACAUCUUGGACACGGACUUUGAUAUCAUUCUGGGAAUGCCUUGGCUUGCAAGUGCGGAUCACACGGUCAACUUUCACCAGCGGACUCUCACCGUUCGCGAGGCCUUCGGCGCCGAGGUGCCGUCCGACUCUUCACCAUCGGACUUGUCUUUGGACCCCCACGUGGUACGGCUGCUUGAUGAGUUCGCCGACAUCUUCGAGUCACCUACCGGUGUGGUGCCGGAUCGGCCGAUCUCUCACGAGAUCAUUCUUGAGGCCGGUGCCGUGCCGCCGAAAGGUUGCAUCUAUCGGAUGAGCGAGGAGGAACUGGAGGUCCUUCGCGCACAACUCGACGACUUGUUGGCCAAGGGCUGGAUCCGCCCUAGCAGCUCCCCAUAUGGAGCACCAGUUCUCUUCAUAAGGAAGAAGAACAAGGAUCUACGUUUGUGCAUCGACUACCGCAAGCUCAACGCGCAAACUGUGAAAAAUGUGGGGCCUCUUCCUCGUAUCGACGAUCUUCUUGAGCGACUGGGCGGUGCUAAGUUCUUUUCCAAGUUGGACUUGAAGUCGGGGUAUCAUCAGAUUUCGAUACGCCCAAAUGAUUGCUACAAGACCGCAUUCAAGACGCGGUAUGGGCAUUUUGAAUGGGUGGUCAUGCCUUUUGGCCUCACCAAUGCCCCGACAACCUUCCACGCGGCCAUGACCCACGAGUUCCGUGCUAUGUUGGAUCGGUUCGUGCUGGUCUACCUAGACGACAUUCUCGUCUACAGCCGGACUUUGGAGGACCAUCUUGAGCAUCUUCGACGUGUGUUGGAGACGCUCCGCCGUGCCAAGUACCAAGCCAAGCGCGACAAGUGCGAGUUUGUCCGGCAAAAGCUCGAGUACUUGGGCCAUUUUGUCACACCAGAGGGCAUCAGCCCGCUAUCGGAGAAAAUUCAAGCCAUCCAGGAGUGGCUGGAGCCGCGUAACGUCACGGAUGUCCGUUCGUUUCUUGGUCUUGCCGGCUACUAUCAGCGCUUCAUCAAAGACUAUUCGAAGAUCGCGGCCCACUUGACCAAGCUUCAAUGCGAGGAUCGGCUGUUUGACUUCGAGGAGGAUGCGCGGGAAUCUUUCUUGGCUCUCAAAGCUGCACUUUUGUCAGCGGAGGUCUUGCGAAUCUACGACCCGGUAUUGCCCACACGCGUCACUACUGAUGCGUCCGGCUAUGGUAUUGGCGCUGUCCUCGAGCAACACGAUGGCAUGGACUGGCACUUGGUCGAGUAUUUCAGCAAGAAGGUGCCCGCCGUGCACUCUAUUGAUGACGCGAGGAAGAAGGAAUUAUUGGCCUUCGUACACGCACUCAAGCGCUGGCGGCAUUUCCUUCUUGGUAGACGGCAGUUCCGAUGGGUAACGGACAACAAUCCGUUGGUCUUUUACAAGACCCAGGACACAGUCAACAGCACCAUUGCCCGGUGGAUGGCCUUCAUUGACCAGUUUGACUUCUUCCCCGAUCACAUUCCGGGCAAGAAGAAGAACAAGGAUCUACGUUUGUGCAUCGACUACCGCAAGCUCAACGCGCAAACUGUGAAAAAUGUGGGGCCUCUUCCUCGUAUCGACGAUCUUCUUGAGCGACUGGGCGGUGCUAAGUUCUUUUCCAAGUUGGACUUGAAGUCGGGGUAUCAUCAGAUUUCGAUACGCCCAAAUGAUUGCUACAAGACCGCAUUCAAGACGCGGUAUGGGCAUUUUGAAUGGGUGGUCAUGCCUUUUGGCCUCACCAAUGCCCCGACAACCUUCCACGCGGCCAUGACCCACGAGUUCCGUGCUAUGUUGGAUCGGUUCGUGCUGGUCUACCUAGACGACAUUCUCGUCUACAGCCGGACUUUGGAGGACCAUCUUGAGCAUCUUCGACGUGUGUUGGAGACGCUCCGCCGUGCCAAGUACCAAGCCAAGCGCGACAAGUGCGAGUUUGUCCGGCAAAAGCUCGAGUACUUGGGCCAUUUUGUCACACCAGAGGGCAUCAGCCCGCUAUCGGAGAAAAUUCAAGCCAUCCAGGAGUGGCUGGAGCCGCGUAACGUCACGGAUGUCCGUUCGUUUCUUGGUCUUGCCGGCUACUAUCAGCGCUUCAUCAAAGACUAUUCGAAGAUCGCGGCCCACUUGACCAAGCUUCAAUGCGAGGAUCGGCUGUUUGACUUCGAGGAGGAUGCGCGGGAAUCUUUCUUGGCUCUCAAAGCUGCACUUUUGUCAGCGGAGGUCUUGCGAAUCUACGACCCGGUAUUGCCCACACGCGUCACUACUGAUGCGUCCGGCUAUGGUAUUGGCGCUGUCCUCGAGCAACACGAUGGCAUGGACUGGCACUUGGUCGAGUAUUUCAGCAAGAAGGUGCCCGCCGUGCACUCUAUUGAUGACGCGAGGAAGAAGGAAUUAUUGGCCUUCGUACACGCACUCAAGCGCUGGCGGCAUUUCCUUCUUGGUAGACGGCAGUUCCGAUGGGUAACGGACAACAAUCCGUUGGUCUUUUACAAGACCCAGGACACAGUCAACAGCACCAUUGCCCGGUGGAUGGCCUUCAUUGACCAGUUUGACUUCUUCCCCGAUCACAUUCCGGGCAAGUCAAACCGUUUUGCGGAUGCUCUUUCACGACGUCCGGACCAUUGCACCGCCGUCUACUCGACUUUCGAGAUUGAUAACGACUUGCGGGACAAUUUUAUCCGCGGCUACCAGGCCGACCCCGAGUUUCGCGACAAGUACGCAAAUUGUUCCUCGCCCAAUCCGGCACCUUCUCACUAUUGGAUCCAGGAGGGAUAUUUGCUUGUCCACUCGCGGGGGAAGGAUCUUCUUUGCGUGCCGAGUGACCCUCACUUGCGUACACGGCUUCUUGGCGAGUUCCACGAUGCUCCCGCCACCAGACAUUUUGGCGUCAAUCGAACGAUUGGUCGACUUCGCGAGCGAUUUUGGUGGCCCGGUCUUCUCGACGACAUCACAUGCUACUGCGAGUCAUGCGAGAUUUGCCGACGUUGCAAAUUCCGCAAUCAUCGUCCGUAUGGCGAGUUGCGACCACUACCGGUUCCCUUGCGCCGACGGGAGGCGAUUGCCAUGGAUAUCACUGGGCCAUUCCCCAAGCACAAGACCGGUGUGGAUGGGAUUCUCACGGUAGUCGAUCGACUCACUAAGUUUGCCAUGUUUUUGCCUUGUCGCUAUCAUGCCAAGGCACCAGAGUUGGCCGAGGUUCUCUACGCCGGUUGGAUUCGAACCAAGGGUUACCCCAAGGAAAUCGUCUGCGACCGCGACACUCGGUUCAUGUCUGAUUUUUGGUUGGCGCUCACCAAACGAUGGGGCUCAUCUCUCAAGCCUAGUUCAGCUCGCCACCCUCAGAUGGAUGGCCAGACGGAGAGGGCGCACCAGACGGCACAGGUACUCCUUCGCACUCUUAUCCGUCCCGAUCAUAAGGAUUGGGUUGAGCGGCUGCUGGAUGUCGAAUUGGCCUACAAUUCGUCCAUCCACCCGACUAUUGGGAUGUCGCCUUUCGAGUUUGAGCAUGGCUCUCCGGUCACUUCUCCGUUGGACACCAUCGUUCCACGCACGACCGAGAGCGACGACCAUCUCCUUUUCUUGCGUCGGAUGCAAGAGCUUCUUGUCAAGGCACGCAAUCAGAUGGCAAAGACGCAGCAACGCAUGAGCCGGCAGGCCAAUCGCCAGCGUCUUCCUUGUCCAUUCCGCGCAGGCGACCUCGUGUGGGUUUCCGCCGCGGAAUUCAGCCUUGAGCAGGUUAUCUCUCGCAAGCUCCUCCCGAAAUGGAUGGGGCCAUGGCCGAUUGUAGCACCUGCUGGGGAUGCACCUGAGGGACCUUCCUUCAUAGUUCAGGUGCCCGCCCACUUGCCCGUCUACCCGGUUUUCCAUUGCUCCAAGUUGGCGCUGUACACACCAGCAGACCAGGAUGACUUUCCCGGGCGACGAUCGCAAGACCCACCCUCUAUGGACGGCUUUCAGGAGGUCGGUGACAUCAUUUCCCAGCGACGCUACGGCAACAAGCCGACCGAGUAUCUGGUACACUUUGCGUAUUGCACCCACCGAGCCGACCGCUGGUUGACCCGUGCGGAACUCCAAGCGACAGCUCCAGAUGUUCUCGUACGGUAUGAACGAAAGAUGCAAGGCAAGCCGGUAUCUUCGGCUCCACGCCGCAACCGCGUCCAGGUUCCACCUUCAGAUCGUCGGCUGCGCCCUCGACCCGGCUUGACUUCAUAAGGAGUGGGGGGUGUUACAUGCUGCGCCUGCACAGGAGGGCCAUUUUCCAGGCCCUGCGUCGUUCAGACUGGAAGCCUGAAUUUCGGGCUCAAGGCCUGGAAAUAAGGGUCUGCAGACCCCAUGACGGUUCACCCCAAAA